UCAGUGGAGGCGCUCUAUUCUCUUCUCCCGCUCCGCCGCCCGCUCCUCGAGUUGAAAGCGGAGCCGCUCCUGGAUCUCCGAGCGCUCCUGGAGCUCCAUUUCCCAGAAGCCCUUCCAAUUGUCCAGCUCCCUCGCGUAGGCCUCAAUGUCCUUCUGCCUGUCGACUCGGGGGAAUGGCCGGUAGCGGGACUCGUACGGCCCACCCUGACGAAAGAACGAAGAGACAGACACAGUAUGCAUGACUCGGCUGAACAGAAUACCUCCGACGGAUCGGAUCGGCGUACCGUACGUAUGUGGCUGACUGUGUUGGUGAGACUCACCUGGGCACCAUAGGCGUAGCGGUCAUCGUCCUUCUGUCGGCGAUUGGUGCGGCGAUUCAGCGGGGACUCUCGUGUCUCCUCUCGCACCGCUGACACAGACAGACAGACAGACGUGUCGAUGAUGUGCCAGUGAGUGACAGAGAAGGGCCAUGUGUGUCUCAUCCCACCACAUCCCUCCUCACCUCCAGCGGCCCGGCCCCCACCAAGCAACGAUCCCAAGCCCGAGAACAUGCCGCCGAACAAACCACCUGAUCCGUUGUCCUGACCAUUGUAGGUGUUGUGAGUGUCCGGUGGCGGCACGUAGCGGCCCACCGAACUGGCCGUCUCCUCCACCUGCAGGCCGGCAUGGUCGAUGGGCCUCUGCUGCUGCUGCUGCUGGUGUCGCGAGGCACCACGUGUCCUUUGGGGCCCGAGUGGCGUCUGUGUGGUCAUGACGCCGCACUGGUUGCCUCGGAACACCACCGGACCGGGUGUCUUCCUGACAAAGCUGGGAGCUGGGUCGGCGAGACGAGGACGGUGAGGCUCCUCGGGCCGCAAAUACGGGUAGGCGUAUUCUAAUGCGUAGGCUGCGGGCUGAAAGGUGAGAGAAAGCAGAGAGAGCAAUGCAUGGAUGUAUGGGUCGCUGCCUGAGGAGUGAGCCACUGACCUCAUAACGGUAGCUGGCCAUCAUCGCUGAAAACUCAGCUCGAAUCUGCAGUAGUAAAGGCUUCAACUUGAACUUUGAAGUUU